AUGAAGCCUAGGCGAAAAAGCCCUCGCGGACUUACCGAAAGCUCUCAUCAAGCAGCCUCGAGCUAUCCUGAUUCUCGACUAGCAACGUGGCGAGAAUUCAUGCGAGGAGCUUCGGAGGCAGACUCACGAUUGGGCGCAGCCCGACUUCAAAUCUCCCUAGUCCAUACGAUAUGCUCAAGCAUGAACUCCUGGCGCGAGGAUGCCCCCGCAGAUUUGUUGAUGGGACGUGUCAGUACGCAGUCUCGAGCUCUUAUGAUCCAAGCAAAGAUCGUGAAAAACCUCAUUGAGAUCGAUACUAAAUUCUUGGCCAUGUCUCUGGAUCGAUUUGGAGCAAUCUUUUACGCAAAGGACAUGCCAAACUGCGCUCCUGCAGAGAUUAGAGGAGAGGUUUCGCUGGCUGUUAGAGAGGAUGUACGACGCCGGUUCGUCAUUGGCCCAACUGUCGAGAGGGAGUUCUGGGAGGAUGAGAGGGCACAAAUGUCUCUCGAUCGCGACCCUUGGACUUCAGCAGCUGCAUACGUCGAGGCCAUAGCUCAUCGCGAGAUCCAAUGGAUUGAGCGGUAUGCGAAAGCUAAAGUACCUCCGGUUCCUCUGUCGACAUCUGACGCCCAGAAGUCCCCAGAGAUGCACAUCGACCUGUUGCAAAAAUACCUCAGCGUGGUAGGCAAACUCCUCCCAGCCGAAGAAGAUUUACUUCUGCCGACGCUAUGGCACCGCGACCUCCACAGAGGCAAUGUGUUUGUCCUGGAAGGUCAAGUUUCCAGCAUCAUCGAUUGGCAGUGCGUCUGGGUCGGCCCCAGGAUCCUUCGCGCCCGCACGCCCCAGCUUGUUGAGUACAACGGAGAAAUUCAGAUGAAGUUGCCAGAAAACUUCAAGCAGCUGGACCAAAAAGAGAAGGAUCGCGUGCGGGAAGCGGUCCGCCGAUCCAUACUAUUAUAUAUUUACGAAACUUCUACGGCCAAGCAAAAUCCGUCUUUAUACAAGGUCAUGCGCUAUCCCAAUGGCAAGACGUUAGAGCAGCUCGUCGAAUUUCCCAACAACUCUUGGGAGGGAGAUAUUUUGCCAUUUCGGGAGGUUCUCAUACGAAUCCAAAGAGAUUGGCAUCUCAUUCACGAGACAUCAAGCUGUCCGUACCACUUUUCCAGCGAAGACAUCGCUCAGCACCUAAGAGAUGGCGAAGAAUUCAACGAAAACGCCGACUUUUGGGAUAAUCUCGAAGGCCGCGUUCAUCGAAGCGGAUACACGUCGAAUGAAGAUUUUCAGGACGCCGUGGCCUACUUCUCGCAGCUACGAAGGGUUGGAUUGGAGACGCUGGUCGGCAAGGAACGCGAGAGUUUUGGGCGGCAAACGAGAUGGAUGCUUGAUCAUCAGGAAGGCGAUAGAGGAAUUUAA